UGCAAAAGAAUCGGGAAGUUAAUGGAUGGAGGAGAGAUUGCGAACGCUUCAAUGGCAUUAAUUUUCGGCCAUCACUUGUCUACUUCCCCUCUCUCUCUACCUAGCUCCCACAAUACGAUCACGUUCAUUCUUCUUUGAUCAUACACACUUGUUCUCUCAUUCUCUCACAUUUCCAACUUCGCUUAGAGUUUCCUAUUCUAAACAUCAUCUUUCCUAGGGUUCUUUUUUGCGCCGAAUGAUUGAAAUGGGGAGCAGGGAGACACUUUGUUUCGAUUGAGGACGAUCUUGUUGUUGUUGUUGUUGUGUUCCUCAGGUGUAGAAGAUCUGAGGUUUUGAUACUUCGGAGGAAAAAUGAGCGCUUCGAGGUUCAUAAAGUGUGUUACCGUCGGUGACGGAGCAGUGGGUAAAACCUGCUUGCUCAUUUCUUACACUAGCAACACUUUCCCUACGGAUUAUGUUCCGACUGUUUUCGAUAACUUUAGCGCUAAUGUUGUUGUUAACGGAGCCACUGUCAACCUUGGCUUGUGGGAUACCGCUGGGCAGGAGGAUUAUAACAGGUUAAGACCAUUGAGUUACCGUGGUGCUGACGUUUUCAUCUUAGCCUUCUCCCUCAUCAGUAAGGCUAGUUAUGAGAAUGUCUCCAAGAAGUGGAUCCCUGAGCUGACUCACUAUGCCCCUGGUGUCCCAAUUGUUCUUGUUGGAACCAAACUAGAUCUUAGGGAUGACAAACAGUUCUUUGUUGACCACCCUGGUGCUGUACCUAUUACCACUGCUCAGGGCGAGGAGCUAAUGAAGCUAAUUGGAGCUCCUUCGUACAUCGAGUGCAGUUCAAAAUCACAGGAGAACGUGAAGGGGGUGUUUGAUGCAGCGAUUAGAGUGGUACUUCAACCUCCAAAGCAGAAGAAAAAGAAGGGAAAAGUACAAAAGGCCUGCUCCAUUUUGUAAUUUCUCUCUUCUCUCUGCCACUCUCUAGUGAAGUGUUAAGAAGAAGAAGAAGAAGAAGAAGAAGAAGAAGAAGAAGAAGAAGAAGAAGACACAUUGGUGUUAAAGAUGGUUCAAAUUUGGUUGUGAUAAAGCUCUCUUAAUCCUUGAAAAAGACAUGAUUACUUCUGUUUUACUGAUAAAUUGUUUCCAGCUUUAGCUGAGACCCAAAUAUUGCACUACUAAUGCUUCU